GCGAUGAACUAGUGAGAAGGGUGGACGUACAUUGUGCUGUGAGACGCAAACAACCAAAUAUAUUGUAAUCAUGGAGUAACUUCACAUUUAUGUACAGUGUUUUACGUGCUUAAAGCCAGAAGAAAAAUCUGUCAUGGAUAAAAUACGAGUGGCAGUAAGGGUUCGUCCCUUCAACCGCCGAGAGAAGGAGCUCGGUUGCAAGAGCAUCGUGGCAAUGACGAGCAACCAGACGAUUCUUCAUCAUCCUUCGGCUCUCGACAAACAGGACAGUCGAAAGCAACCGAAGACGUUCGCCUUCGACCACUGCUUCGAAUCCUUGUCCACCGAGAGCUCCAACUUCGCCACGCAGGAGAAGGUCUUCGCCGCCAUGGGGCAUGACAUUCUCAACAAUGCCUUUGCGGGCUACAACGCCUGCAUCUUCGCCUACGGCCAGACCGGUUCUGGCAAAUCUUAUACCAUGAUGGGUGCUGCCGACACCAAAGGCAUUAUCCCUCGGCUAUGCGAUACGUUGUUCGAGCGGAUAGCAGCUGACUCCAGCGCUCACUCUUCUUAUAAAGUAGAGGUCUCCUAUAUGGAGAUAUAUAACGAAAAGGUCCAUGACUUGUUGGAUCCCAAAGGCUCGAGACAAACGCUAAAAGUUCGUGAACAUAAUAUACUGGGUCCUUAUGUCGAUGGGCUUUCACAACUGGCAGUCUCGUCAUAUGAGGAAAUUGAGCAGCUCAUAGAAGAGGGCAACAAAGCUCGAACCGUAGCAGCGACCAACAUGAACAGCGAAUCUUCAAGAUCUCAUGCAGUGUUUACUGUCGUCCUGACUCAAACAGUAACAGACAUAGCUUCAGGGGUAUCCGGAGAGAAGGUGUCAAAAAUGUCACUGGUCGAUUUGGCUGGGUCUGAGCGAGCUGUGAAGACAGGUGCUGUUGGAGAGAGACUGAAGGAGGGAUCAAAUAUCAAUAAGUCGUUGACAACACUAGGCUUAGUAAUAUCAAAGCUAGCUGACCAGACAGUCGGUAAAGGGAAAGGAAAAGGCGAUAAUUUCGUGCCCUACCGAGACUCGGUUCUAACUUGGCUUCUUAAGGAUAAUCUUGGAGGUAACAGUCGAACUGUCAUGGUAGCUACGGUUUCCCCUGCUGCUGAUAAUUACGAAGAGACCCUGUCAACUCUUCGAUAUGCUGACCGUGCUAAGAGGAUUGUUAACCACGCUGUUGUUAAUGAAGAUCCUAAUGCCAAGAUUAUCAGAGAAUUGCGAGAGGAGGUUGACCUCUUACGUACACAGCUUGAGUCUCUGCGAAACAUGACAAGAGAUGGCCCAGCUUCACUUCAAGAGGAAGAAAGUCUCAAUGAGAAGUUGCACGAGAGUGAGAAGUUGAUCACGAAUCUCUCGGAGACUUGGGAGAACAAACUUAAGAAGACAGAACGUGUCCAACAAGAAAGACAGCAAGCGUUAGAGAAAAUGGGAAUUAGUGUUCAGGCAUCUGGCAUUAGCGUUGAGAAAAAUAAAUAUUACCUUGUCAACCUCAAUGCUGAUCCAUCUCUCAACGAAAUGCUUGUGUAUUACUUGAAGGAUCGCACGUUGGUGGGUAGGCCUGAUGCGGGACCAGAACCAAAUGAUAUCCAACUCUCAGGUGUUGGCAUAGAGACUCAUCAUAGUGUCCUGGUUAUUGAGAAUUCUGAUCUCUUCUUGGAAACUUAUCCUAAUUCUCGAACUUGCGUUAACGGAUCUCAGGUCACUGAGAAGUUACAGCUGCGACAUGGUGACAGAAUCUUGUGGGGAUUCAACUACUUUUUUCGUGUGAAUUGUCCCAAACCCACAAGUGGCGGAAACAACUCAGAACCUCAGACACCUGCCCAGCCAAUAGAUUACAACUUUGCACGUGAAGAACUCAUGUUGAAAGAGCUGAGCAAUGAUCCUAUUCAAGCAGCUAUACAGAACCUGGAACGCCAACAUGAAGAAGAUAAACAGAUGGCUUUGGAAAAACAGCGGCAAGAGUAUGAAAAACAGUUCCAACAACUUCGAAAUAUUCUGUCACCAACGACUCCUUAUGCACCGUAUAUGCCUUUCGAUCCUUUAAGAGGCUCAAAGAUGACCCCAUCAACACCCACAUCCCAACUGCGCAUUGAAAAAUGGGCACAAGAAAGGGAGGACAUGCUCGAGCACAGAUCUAUUUUGUAUCCUGGCAGAGAGGAUAUGUUCAGGCGCAGUCUGGCGCAGCUACGACAGGAUAUCAUGAAGGCUAAUACGCUGGUGAGGGAAGCCAAUUUCUUCGCAGAGGAAAUGGGGAAACAGACUGUGUUUGGAGUAACACUUCAAAUACCUCCCCAGAAUCUGUCUCCAAACCGCAAGAAAUCUGCCUUUGUCAGUGAACCUGCCAUUCUAGUCAAAAGAAAAAACAAACCAAAUCAGGUUUGGUCCAUGGAGAAACUUGAACACAAAUUAAUUGUCAUGCGAGAGAUGUAUGAUGAACAACAUGAUGAUCCCCUUGCAACUCGCCCAGAAGCUGACCCCUUUUACGAGAGUCAAGAAAAUCACAACCUGAUCGGGGUAGCAAACAUUUUUCUGGAUUGUCUGUUUCAUGAUGUCCGGCUAAAUUAUCAUGUUCCUAUUAUAUCGCAACAAGGAGAGGUGGCUGGAAGAUUACAGGUUGAAGUUAGUCGGAUUGCUGGUCAGUUUCCACAAGAGAGAUUUGCAGAUACCUUGUCUGAGUCAUCUGGUGAUUCGGGUCAUAGCCGAGAAGAAGAAGAAGUACAAAAUAACACUGUUACUGUUAGGGUUUGCAUAAAACAGGCUGCAGGAUUGCCCCCUUCUUUGUCCCACUUCGUCUUUUGUCAGUACCAAUUUUGGGGUCAUACAGAAAGCGAAGUUGUGGCUCCGGUUGUUAACAAUGAGUUUCCUGCUGCUCCCACAUCAAAAGACUCCAUGACUUUCAAGUUUGAACAUUCAAAAGAUUACAUUGUGCCAGUUACCGAAGAUCUGUUAGAACAUUGUGCAGAUGGUGCUCUUUCUAUUGAAGUCUGGGGUCACAGAUCAGCUGGCUUUGGUGUUUCACGUCCAGGGUGGGAAGUUGACCAACAGUUGGCUAAAGCACGAUCACUUGUAGACAGAUGGAGUGAACUGACUCGUAAAAUAGAAAUGUGGGUUGAGAUACAAGAAUUAGGAGAAUGUGGUGACUACCUUUCUGUAGAAGUUUCCCCUCAGAAGGAUGUUUUAACGGGAGGAGUUUAUCAGUUACGCCAGGGUCAGCAAAGACGUAUUGUCUGCAGGGUCAAACCAGUUUCAAACUCUGGUACUCUUCCACUUAUAUGUGAGGCUAUUACAAACAUCAGCAUAGGGUCAGUUUGUGGGAGACUUAAAUGCCAGCGACAGUUAGAUUCAUACACAGAGGAAGAUUUGAAUAUCUUGCGUGAGAGAUGGAGUGAAGCUCUGAAGCGUAGAAGAAUGUACCUUGAUCAACAGAUUCAAAAAAUCAUAAACAAAGGAGAUAAAAGUGAACGUGACAUGGAGAGGGAACAGUCUCUGGUUGACCAGUGGGUAAGCUUGACAGAGGAAAGAAAUGCUGUUCUUGUCCCUGCUGCAGGGUCAAAUAUACCAGGAGCUCCAGCAGACUGGGACCCUCCCCCGGGGAUGGAAGCCCAUGUUCCUGUACUGUUCUUAGAUCUCAAUGCUGAUGAUUUCUCUACUCAAGGCUUUGGAGACACACUCACUGUAGCGGGAAACAAUGCCAUAAUCCCAAAGGAAAAUUGCAAUAAGUUUUUCCAGUUGCCUAUUGUUAAAUGCUAUGAAAAGGAUGUUUGUGCCGUAGCUUCUUGGGAUUCUUCCAUCCAUGACAACAUGUACCUCAACAGACUUACACCAAGUGAUGAGAGAGUUUAUUUAAUAGUUAAAGCAGUUGUGAGACUGUCCCAUCCAGCACCCAUGGAUUUAGUUUUAAGGAAACGUCUAGCAGUAAAUAUAUAUAAGAAACAGUCAUUAACCAGCAAGUUUGUCAAGUCGUUUAUUGGGACGAUAAAUACUUGGUAUGAAACUGGCAUCAUGUAUGAAGUUGUCUCAAAUAUUCCCAAGGCAAGUGAGGAGUUAGAAGAGCGUGAGUCACUUGCUCAAAUGGCAGCUAACGCUGAUGAUUCUCAUGCAGAAGAUGGCGAAACUUAUAUUGAAAAAUAUACCAAAGGAGUAACAUCUGUGGAGUCUAUUUUGAUGUUGGAUAGACUGCGACAGAAUGUUGCUGUCAAAGAACUACUUCAAUCAGCUGGCCGACCUCUGAUGAGGAAAACUGCUUCCGUCCCCAACUUUUCUCAUUGUGUUGGAGUGAAGAAAAUGGCAAAUUUUCAGGAAGUUGGUUGUGAUAUUCAGAGAGAGACAGGCUUACCUAAGCCUGGAACGACACUCCGAGGACAGCAGGAAGAGGGACUCCAGAAACGAUUGAGGACUAACCUAGAGUUGUUUGGAAGUCUGGAUGGUGGCUUAGACAGUGUCACGCGUUCAGGUAGUGUGAUGGACCUAAAUGCUCAACUUAUAUCUACACCCACACAAAAUUCACACCAUUCAGAGAAAAAUAAGCAUCGUUAUUCCCUGCCAGGCCCAAGUGAAAGACCUUUUGGAUUAUCUCGUCCUACGUUCCUCAAUCUGAACCUGAACCUCAACUCUCUCAGACUUCAGGGAUCCACUCCUGCCAAGUCCUCACCUAGUCCUGGUCCAAUGAAGAUGACUCCAAGGAUGACAACCUUGCAUGAAGAAAACACAAGAGAAGCAGCUCCCUUAUUGCACAUGCAAGAGGAAGAAGAGGAGGAGGAUGAAGAAGAGGACUUAGUUGAUGAUGAAGAGAAUGAUAAUCAAAUAGGAGUUUCAGGGGGAACUAGCGGCGAAGAAGAAUUUAGUGAAUUCACAUCUUACAGAAGUGGAAGCUUAACAAGUGGACGACUUUUACUUACUCAGAGUCGUACUUUAGAUUCCUUAAAUGAAGUUGGUGCAACGAAAGCAGGAACUCCUUCAACUGUAUCAAGCGGUUAUGGAUCUGGUGCUGUCUCGUCAACAACGCUAAGUGAAGACUCUCUUUCUGUGCGCAGUGUUAGUGUAGAUGAAACUCCCGAUAAGGAAUUGCCAACAAAUCAUACUGUUAUGGAUGUAUCUACAAUAAGCUCUGGUGAAAGUGACUCUAGUGAUACGAGAACAGUGAUUAAUCAGCAACUUGGAAAUGAUUCUAGUGUAUUAAAGUCAGAAAGUGAAUUGAAAAUAAUAGAAGAUGAAGAAAAUAAAGAAAAUUCUCACUUACAUAACUCAGGUUCUAGCAAUACUGGUACAUCCAAUAACAUGAAGUCAGCAAUAAAUUGCACACCCAAUUCUGUCAGCCCUGAUUGUUCUUUAAAUUCAUCUUGUUUGUCAAAUUCAUCACUGCCAGCAACUGUCACUCCUGAAGUAGUUUUACGAAAAAGUUCUGGGAAGCGAAAUCCAGCCCAUCGCAUGUCCUUCCCAUUGGCUCAUUCUCAGCCUGAUGUAAGCGAGUCUUACAUCAGUAUGAAUGGUGCUUCAGUGGUAUUGGGUGAUGAGGAGAGAAUGCCAGCUGUUAAUAAUAAGCCAUUGGCCCCAUUACCAGAUUGGUGUGAAGUUGGAGAAAGUAUACAAAUUAGGCCUUAUAAUUACUCAGGAGUUAUAUCAUACAUCGGACACACUGAGUUUGCAGCAGGAACAUGGGUUGGAGUUGAGCUUGAUGUUCCUAUGGGUAAAAAUGAUGGAUCUGUAAAUGGAGUUCGAUACUUUGCUUGCCGCCCAAAAUGUGGCAUGUUUGUUAAACCAGAAAAAUUGAUGUUAGAUCGACGAGGACGUGCAAUGAGGACUGGUAGAAGUAAUGGAAGUGGCCACAGUGGUCUUGGGGAUAUGAAACGUUCUCGAUCUACUGCAGAGAGGCUUAGUGAUGUGGGCAUUAGGAAGAGUACUAGUAAAAGUGAGGGCCUAAACAGCAUGAGACGCUCCAAAAGCAGAGGUGAGGGUCUAUCCUCUCUCUCCGACCGCUCAAAAUCCACCACAUCUCGUAUUAGAAAGUAAAAGUGCAAGAUUAAAAGUCAUAAAAUGUUUCUAGUUUUUAAGGCUGCUAAAAAAAGGGUGCAUUUUGUCAGCUACUUGUGUGCCAACAAAGAAUACAGUACAGUCAUAGGUACUUUAUAACAGAUAUCACCUCUGCCGAAUUCAAGUAAAUACUGUUACUGCUAUGGAGACAUUAUAAGAAUAAGAUUUGACAAAAAUAUAAAACUGGCAUAUGCACAAGUAUGAAAGCAGUCCUGCCCCUAACUUCCAUCAAGUGUUACCCCGCGAAUACGUCCCUGUUAUCCCUCCAUUGCGAGAUCCUCAUGUAUGUUAGUAUAGACGGUACUUAACCUGCUUCAUUUUAAAACUCACUCUGUAACAGAACUUUAAGGUAGCAGUUUUCAUUGUGAAAUGAAACUCUGAUUUCCACCCUAUAAUCUUUAAUUACAGUACUCCAGUAAUCUCUCUCUGUGCUGUAACAUAGCAAAGGGAUGAAACCCUUUGUCACUGAAUAAAAAUCAGAAAUGCAAAUGAAAGAAUAUAGUUAAAAAUAUUUUCUGCAGCUCUUGACAAGGAAAGCUUUCUUCAAACUAUAUAUUGUAAAAAUGAAUGUUUUUUUUUUUUUAAUAUAACAAUAACCUGAGCUUUAGUUGCAAGUGGCAUUGAAUUAAAAUGCAGCAAAAAUUAAUUGAAUGAAAAGUUCUUAUGGUUAUCUGGAAUUCAUACAGUACGUUUGUCAUGUUUGAGCCAAUACAUGUGCUGUGCUUCCAUAACAGUAGUUUAGCAUUUGUAUAUGUGAACUUUGCUUUUCUUACAAGAAUACUAAUUGGUUUACCCCAAGGUUUUUCAUGAAAACAUCAUGCAAAAAGUGUACAACAGUUUACAGCACAGAGGGAGACUGUUGGGACCAAACUCACGAGUUGAAUUAAGAAAACAGAUUAAUUUUGAUAAUUUGGUUGUUCAUUUAUGUGAAGUCUUAUUCCUUUUACAUAACCCCCUUCUUGUGUGAAUUGAUUAAUCCAUUGUCCAUUAUAAAUAUUGUGUAAUACUAUCUCAUACAUUAAAAAUGUGUAUAGUUCAAGUAUGUACACAUUUCCACUGGCAGCAUAAAUUGUACAAUAGUGAUAUUUGCUUUCUGUGUUAGAAUUGCUGAAUAGAGAUAGCUUACGUGACUUAUAUAAGAUAUGAUUAUUUCAACAUCAUUAUAUAUAUAUGAUCAUUAUAUAUAUAUAUGUGUUAUUUAUUUAUUUGUUGAAUAAUCACUUAAAGUCAUGUAUUUUAUUUAAUUUGGUCUUAAGUUCCAUAUAUUACUGAUAGGUAAUGUUUUGCCAGCUUGAUUGUACAUAAAAACAAACUAUUUUCAGUCAUUUUGUUGCCAUAUCUUAGUUGUACAGUUCAUUUUUUGAUCAAAUAUGUGAUCAUAUUUAUAAAUAUUAAAAAUAUAUAAAUAUAUAUAUAUAAUAUAUAUACACACACUAGAUAUACUUUCUGUUUAAAAAGUGUAUGUAAAUUAUGAGAAUGUAAAUGCGAUUUUAGUACAGUAGUUUUAUUGUUUUUAUAUAAAGCUGCUAUACUGCUUGUAUAGGAGUUUUCCUUUCAUUUUAGUCAUAGCCAACAUUUGAAAUUUGCAAAGCAUUGCAAACUUUGUGUUUAAAGCUACCCAUUUUCACGGUUUCCAUGCUGCUACCAUGAUAGUAGUUAUUUAUUUAUUUGUUGCACUGUUAAAUAGGCUCACCUAACUUGCCGGUUGCAAGCUAGAGUUCAGCUAAUCUGUCAUAAGAUAAGUUAUUUUAUGUCAGUAUCCAGUUAUAUUUGGGAUUAGAAUUUUUUUAAUAUAUAUACAUCCAGAUAGUACCUCACCCCACAAGAUUUUGAAAAUUUCUUGCAGCGAAAAUGACAAAUUUCAUUUGUACAGUAUCAACUACCUGCUACAUCUGUAUAGUGUAGAAUAAUUUUUACCAGUGACAUGAAACUAAGGAAAGUUUCUCAUCUUUUCAUGAAAAUAUUUUAAUAUUCCUGAAAAUCAUUAAGUUGGUAAUAUAAAUUUUUCAGAAUAUGCUUUGUAAUAAACAACAACCCCUCCAUGAUAUAAGAGGAGACACGUCCAUCUUCUAGUAAACUCUUUCAUUUUCUUCUCUUGUUUGCAGAUGUGUUUGAAAUGGUUGUGGGAUAAAUCAUUGAUUUUGAUUAUUGUUUAUACUGAAAAUUCAGGAAGUGUUGUUACAUUAUACAAAUAUAUAUUAUCAUUCAACAUUAGUGAAUUUAUCCCAUUACCCCUAUGUAGUAUUAAGAUAUCCUUUACACUACAUUAGCUACUGUACUGAUAUACUACUUGAGACCCUUCAUAUUGGGUCUAGCAUAGAUUGUGUUGGUGUCCUUCACUUUCUGAUUUCAACAUAUCUCAUUCAUAUUUUUCUUCUGUUACGUUUUAUGUAGUUUUAACAUGUAAUUUCUUCUUAAACAAAAAUACAUCAGACAUUUUUUUACUAUAGUAAGGACAUUUCGAAUAGGCUUAUGUCAUACAUACUGCAUUGAGUCUUUGUCAUAAUUCUUUUGUGAAUAGGUUGUCAGUCAUUAAAGUGGUAGACGUAUCCAUUCCCUUAUUAAAAAAAACAAGUUUUUAAUUUUAGUACUUGUAAAUAACUAUUUAGUAAAUAUUGUAUGUAUGGGAAAUAUUUCCAUUUAAAAAUCUAUGUUACUGUGAUAAAAAUUUGCCCAUGUAUCAGGAGAAGUAGGAGGCCUGCAGAUGGCAAGAAGUAUCAUCCCUCUUGUCCAACCAUCACAAAUCCUUCCUGCAUAUUUUGUCACUCAAAGUGAUCACCUGGCAAUUCCAUGUGACAAGUUAGCAGUUUCUUUUAAGGUUUCCCACUAAUGUUACAUCCAUACUGUUCAAAUAGAGGAUUACAAAAUGAGGAUUAAUAUUCAGAUUCCUUUUAUUUACAUAGUCCUUUAACUUGGCAAUACUUUCAACACUGAAUGGAAGUAUUUUUAGUGUGAAGUUUUAAAAGUACAGAGUGAUAGUUCUGUACUGUUACUCUUACAUUUCAAAGCAAACUAGACUUUCAAGUCCAUAUAGACAAUGCUGGAUUUCCUGUGAAUGUUGGGUAUUCAAAACAUUCCUGAAGUGGAAUAAUUGGGCUAACUGCCCUCGCUAAGUGUAAUAAAUGGUGAAUCCCUUGAA